CCGUUUCCGUUCGACACAUUCGAUUGUGUUGAUACACUGUCGCUUUGAUUAACAAAGAAAGAUUGUUGUUAUUCGCCCGACAAAGACGUGCCUAGAUUGCGCGUGGCGUUACCAGCCGUCCGGGACUUGCUUGGGAAGUUGUAAGCGUUUCCGCUCCGGUGCUCUCACCUUGAUAACAACCCCAGCCUGCGUGCUAUAAGGCCAUAACAGCUGCCUGAAGCGGCAAUAUGUCCUUGUACUUGCUGCAUACAUGGCCGCGGAGUCGAUCACACACAUGACGCCUUCCUAACAGCGAUUACAGUCUUUACUGAGACUCAUCCUCGCCUUCACUUCGCCAACUGACGCGAUUCACGAUGCGUUCCUUCCGCUACACAUUGCUGGCAUUGCCCCUGCUGGGCGGUGUCAUUGCUGAAGAGCCAUUGACACAAACCUCCGACGCAUCGAACUUCAUCUACGCAAAUGCCCAAGAAGCAUUCCAGGACCUGCUGAACGCUCUGCCCGAGGAGUCGCUGCAAGCCGCCCUCAACUCGCUCACCAAGUUCAAGGCAGGUGUCUUCGAGUCGCACCGCCGCGGUGUCGAACAUGUGCACAACAGCAGCCCCGCGCUGGCGACCAAGCUCAUCGUCGCCGCCGUCCAGGACCUGAAGAAGCGCCAAGUCGCUGCACCCUCCAACGGCACAACACCCGUUGUUUCCUCCAGCCAGACCCCCGACCAGCCCGAGAGCAGCGCGCAGCAAUCCGUCCAGCAGCAGUCCAGCCAGGGCCCCGAGAGCACACAACAGCAGAGCAGUGCCGAAGCCCCAGCAACCACCGCCCCCAGCACGCCCACCAGCCGCCCCGUCCUGAUCCCUGUCGAAGUCACAACGACCAACAACCGCGGCAGCACUGUGAUCCAGACCAGCGAAGUGCUCUCCGAAGUCACCGCCUCAGUCCAGGUAACCGUAACCCGCACGACUACCAACAACGCCGGCAGCACCGUGGUCGUCACAACACAGGAAGUGCGCCCCGCCGUGAUCCGCACCACGACCGACUCGCGCGGCAGCAGCGUCGCCGUCACAUCCGCUGCCAACUACGCGCCAACGCGGGGCGAGGUGCUGACCACGACCAACGCCGAGGGCAGCACGUUCCUGACCACGUACACGCCCGGCGGCGGUCGUGUUUCUAGUGUGCGCCUGGUCACGACGACGGACGCGCAGGGCCGCCCGCAGACACUGACGAGCAUCACGUAUGUGGACCCGACGGCUGUUGGUGGGAGUGAUGAGGGGGGUUCGGGCGCGAGUCCGACGGCGACGGGGAGGCCGAGUGUGCAGUCUGGGUCUGCGAACAAGCACAACGCUGUCAUGGGUCUUGUUGGACUCGGUGCUUUCGCGUUUUUCUUCUAGGCUCGCGGAGGCUAGGGAAUGUGGAAGAGGUGGAAAGCAAUAUUUACGCGAACACGACUCUCCUUUGGCAUCGCAAACAUGCCACGUUGCAGUCCUUACGGCUAGCAUUGUCAUUCGUGUAUAUCAGCAUUUGGGAUCAUUUGAAGACGGACAGGCUAGCUGGACGAGUGAAAAUGGACAUAUAGCGGUGCAUAUAGUUUGGAUUUUGGGAUUGGCAUACAUACAUGGAGCGUUACGGCUCGUCACUUUCCUUCGAUAUACCCACAAUCUCUUCGGCAUAGGAUGGUUGGAAGAUGGACACGGUGGACGGCAAAUACGUAGUUUAACUACGAUAACGAAAGGGACGAAAACAUCACAAAACAUUACAAAGUUUUUGACAUGAGUAAAUCCAUCGUGUAUUGUUUGUUAGCCUUUGCGGACCAUCGAUUCGUAGAAGCCGCGCCAGGCAACUUGCCAACAUAAGUGGA